CUUUUUCCCGAGAAAAGUCAUUAGUAUAUCCUGCGGGUAAAAGAAUCAAAACUUGUACGGACUGUUGAGAGUUAGAUCUGUAAUUGUAAAUGCUCUGUUUAGUUUGGAACUGAAUUAAAAGUUGAGAACUCCAAACGAAGAUGAUCAACUUGAGCUUCAGCUUGGAAUGAGUUGGUUGUCAACGACAAUGGAUGGUGAAACGGCGUCGUCGAUCGAUGAACAUGCAGCAGCGGCUGCGGCUUCGAGAGGAGGAACAACUGACACCACGGGAAGGCAUCGUUUUCUGGCGGAACUCAAGCGUGUUGAGCAAGAAUCGAAGUUCUUAGAGGAAGAGUUGGAAGAGCUUGACAAUACAGAGAGCGUCUCAACCUCAUGUGAAGAGUUGCGGCUCUUCAUAGAAACCAGACCUGAUCCUCUACUCCCAGUAACAACUGGCCCUAUAAACCCUAUAUGGGAUCGGUGGUUCGAAGGGCCCCAGGAUGGACAAGGUUGCAGAUGCUUGAUACUCUGAUCUGUAGCAGUCUAACAUUCAUCUCCGUUUGUUCUUCAAGGCUUCACCAUUUGUUACGAUGGAAUGGGUUAACAUUUUUCGGCGUUUUAAACAAAUUUUCCCCAUUAUGCAUUACCAAAUUCUUUAGGUUAUUCUUGUUGUGUGUACAAUAUUGUCUAUUCGGAUGAGGUUUGUAAAUCAAAUACAUUUACUGCAGAAAUUCUGACCAAGUCAAUUCAUCCAAUGAAUUUGUUUUUAGUA